AUGACGCCUUGCGAACCCCUGACCAACAAGCAUGCCGUAGGUGAACAGAUUGGAGCUCAUGCGGUAUUCGUCAUUAGCGGUGAUGAAGACAUUGAAGAAGACUCGCGGAACGAUGUUUCGAUAACACCAAGAGUCGAACACGGACACCGAGUUGAACCUUUCGAAACCUUUCAGCACAAAGCUUCGCAGCUCAUCCUCGAUCUAUUUCCUGAUUACUGCGCGCGAGACGUCAAGAUCGAGCGCAUGCAAGACGGAGAAAACAAUCGCUUCAUAAGCGUCACGAUUUGUAAGAUCCCACCUAAAGCGCCAUGGUACACUACUCGGAGAAUUCGCGAAGUACUUCAGCCAUGUCUUACAGGUCGGCCGACACGUCAAAGCAAGCCAAAGCGUCUUGUUCUACGAAUACCACACAAUCCCGAUCAAUACAUGCACCAUCAAACUGUCAUUUUAGCGUAUACGGGCCAGAAGCUCAAACAUCCAAUCCCCAAGAUUGUUACAUUGGAUGCGACAGCACAUAACGCGCUAGGUCGAUCGUACAUGCUCCAAAAGCGGCUGCCUGGCCAACGCCUGGACGUCCUCUGGCCAACGUUGAACCAAGCCCAGCGACUCAGUGCCGUGCGAGCCAUCUCCCCCAUUUUGCUAGAUGUAAGGAAGAUAAGGAACAAGUGCCCUGGUCUCAUCGGCAUCCGCAACACGACCUACGAUCUCAAGCAUGAUUUCGUCAGCACAGAGCCAAUACCCAUUCCCCGUUUCAGAAACACCCCCCACCAGGUAUGUGUAAACGUGGCACUUUCAGAGCCGCAAAGCACAAAAGACUUCUUGCUCGAUCUGUGCGCUCGCCAGCGUGCGUAUGCGAGUGUUGCGAAACUACCUGCUUGCAACGAUCUUUGGGGUAGGAUGGUUGGGAUGAUUGAAGGACUACAUGAGUCCGGCCUGAUUCCGGAUUCUUCACCGUUUCACUUCUACCAUGGCGACUUCCAUCCACGCAAUCUCCUCGCCUCUGUCACUUCCGAGUCAAAAAUACGGAUUACCGGAAUCGUGGGCUGGGAUUUCGCGCUUUUCGCGCCAGCUUUCAUGAGUACGCACGCUCCGUUCUUUCUAUGUAGUGGCGAUAUUGGCAAAGAAGGCGGGGAGGGCGAUGCGCUGGCCGAACCGGAGGAUGCGGAGUUAUUGGAGGCUAAGCGUGUUUUUGAAAGUGUUGUAGACGAGAGGUUCCUGAAAGAGGCGUACUCCCCAGCAUUGGUUCUCGCGCGCCGGUUGUGGCGUUUUUUGGUUAUUGGUUUCACAAAUGGUGAGGAUAUCUUUCUUGCGGAGGAGAUUGUUGAAGAGUUCGAGAAAUUGUAUUCAUCAGCGCAGGCUGAGUGUGGAUGA